AAAUCUGCAUGUUGAAAAAUUACCACUUCACAUUCCUCUGAAUAACUUUUUAAUAACUUUAUUCUUUUAUCUCACCACUAUCUCCCCAAGGGGACUCAGGGUGGCUCACAUGAGGCAAGGCCCAACAACACAGUUAAAAUAGCAAUACAUAAAAACAAUUCACAACAUAAAUAAUGUAAAACAACAGUGUUAUCACAAUAGGUAAUAAUGCUAAUGUAAUGCUAUUUUGAAUACCAAAAUAGCAAACGUAAUGCUAUUUUGAAUACCAUCUAAAAUGAAUAUAUGAGACUACUUGCAAGUUGAAGAAUGAAUGAUUUCAGGUUGGCAACCUGAGAGAGUUACAAGUUAUAGUAAGUCCCAUUUGACUAUCUUUCUACUGAUAACAAUGGCUGCCCACAAUCUUCUGGCAAAAAAAGUACCUGCACGGUUUAAGAAAGAUAAUCUUGCAGUCCCGUGUCCAUAAGUCAUUUGUUUAUAUGAAAAUGAAAACCAUUUCAUAAAAUGAUUCACAAUUUAAGUAACAUCUGGAGACCAAGUUCUCCUUGGAAACUUUUUUAUAUGUUUAAAAAUACAUAUAACUUUGCUUGCAAAAACAGAUUCCAUUGGCCCACACAUAUUUUGGACUGUUGUUAGGCAUUCUCUCUAUCUAUCUGUCUAUGCCUGGAUUGUUACUUUUUAUGUGUUGUUAAAAUGUUAGGCAGAAGUAUAGUGUUUUUCCAGGAAAAAGAUGUGCAAGAAACCAUUCUGUUGAAUAAAAUAUUGGCUGGUGUAUUAUAUUCUUGUUUAGAACAAUUUAAUGAACUGCACUUGUAUUCUUAAAAAAUCUAAAUAUCCAGAAUAUGGACAAAGUGUGCCAAAUAAUUCAGUGUAGAGGUGCAUUAGCCUGCACGUGCCCACACAACACACACAAACCUCUGUGAUUUAAGCCUGGAUAAACCACUUAAUUCAACUGCAUUGAGGGUUAAAAAAAACACAAGGGAAGAUCCAAAUUAGCCCUUCCAAACAAAGAGUGUUGGUGCCUCACCAAACUACAAAUCCCAGAAUUCUAUCGUAUUCAGCCAUGGCAGUUAAAGUGGUUUUUAUUUAUUUUGUGUCAAAAGCAUUGCAUAAAUAAAUAAGUUUAAAACUGAUAAAAUAAAGGGAUCACAAGCAGCUAAACAGCUUUAGACCAGAAAACGGGCAACAGCGACUGCAUUGUCUGUAUCUUUAAACAGUUCUUCCUCUGUGCAUGAGGCAGGGCAUUGUGGGCAAGCAUACAGAUACUGAGUUGUUUGUUCUGCUCUAAUCGCACAAGGUGGAGGAUUCUCCUAGAUGGUGCCAUUUUGCCAGGUUGUCUUUUGAUCUGCCAACUCCUUAGUCUGUUCAGGGACUUCCAAAUUGCCCAUUUUUGCUUUGCCCCUGGAGGCAGACCCUCAUGAGGAGCCAUCCGGUUGGAACUGCCUGAUUUUGAUACCCACAGGGAUAUUCUUUCUGUUGCUGGGGGAACAUUUAGAGGAGUGGUGGUUUUCAUGAAUCUUUUCCUUGAUUUAAGUCUACUGGGAGGAGACUGAUAGCCAUGCAGUGGGUAGUUAAAGUAGUGCAAAACAGCAUUAAUUCUACAACGUAGAUGCACCCUUUGCUGCAGCAACUGUCCCCAGGCAGCUCUAUUCCCACAUGAUACAUACAAAGAUAUAGGGUCUAUUUGUAAUUGGCCUUGCAGAACUGUGUGCAUGUGGUGUUUUUAUUAACUUAAGCUAAAGUAGAUACUACCCUGUUUCCCUGAAAAUAAGACAUCCCCAAAAAAUAAGACCUAGCAGAGGUUUUGCUGAAUUGCUAAAUAUAAGGCCUCCCCCAAAAGUAAGACCUAGCAAAGUUUUUGUUUGGAAGCAUGCCAAACAAAACACCAGAACUUGUAGGAUCGGUAAAUGUACAUACCAGUUGUACAUUGAAAUAAUGGUAAUAAUAUAUUAAAAUGCUAUAUUAUUUAUAUUUAUACAGUAGUAACAAGAAAUUCUUGACAGGAGUCACAGUUUGUCUGGUUUGGUUAUGUUGGUUUGUGAUGACAACUACUGUACAGUAUAUAAUAAAUAUUUAUUUUUUUGUUCAACAAUAAAUGUGAAUUCUUCUUCAUGGAAAAAUAAGACAUCCCCUAAAAAUAAGACCUAGCACAUCUUUGGGAGCAAAAAAUAAUAUAAGAUACUGUCUUAUUUUCGGGGAAACACGGUAGUUAUUUGCAUGCCAGUUUUUAGCUUAUCGAGAUUCCAAACUAAAAAUACGACUAUCUUGCCUGAUAUAAGUUUCAUCUUAUUUUACCGUCACCCAGUACAAAAACUGCUGCCUGGCUUCUACAUCUUUCCCAAUCUGAAAGGAUAAAUACAGUUGGUGUCAUCUCCAUAUUGACCCAUACCAGCGAGAGUGUAUGUUUCUUUCAGAGCGGCUUGGUAUAAAAUGCUUAGUAUGUACAAAGGGAAGUGCAGUGUAACAUUUCCCAAGCUCUCCAAGCUUGAAGGUUGUAGCCCUCUUGUCAUUACUUCUCAGUAUUAUUGAUUUGACUACAGGGUUGACUUUCAUGUGCACCUCAUUAAGAUGAGUAAUUGCUUUCCAAGUUUCAAGUGGAGGAGCAGGUCUCUUCGUGGCAUAAUUGUUUGAUUUACCCUGUGCAGCUCAUGGUAAGAUAAAUGGUUUACAGAGGACCCAGCUGUGUCUUUUCGUUUCUCCAAGAACUGGAGGCGGGACUAGAAACCAACCUAAAGUCAGGCAGGGCAUUGAUCAGACUAGAAAUGAUGUCGAGCACAGCCUUGUAGACAGUUUCUUGGAAAUAUUAGCUGGCAGAGAUAACCAAGAGGAAAUGCUCGGUGGCAGAGUGAAACCAUCUGUCAGAUUCUGCACAGUUCUUCUCACUGAGCAGAAAAUGAAGUAAGGGAAGAGAUUUUGUUUCAGGAGCUGCGGAGCCUUAGGAUACUUGUGCACAAAAAAUCGAAGCAAAAGAAGCCUGUGAGUGGUUGCGAGCUGCUGGAUUCCCACAGUAUGCACAACUCUAUGAAGAUUCCCAAUUUCCUAUUGACAUUGCUGCUGUAAAGAAAGAUCAUGAUUUUCUUGACAAGGAUCUUGUAGAACCUCUUUGUAGACGACUGAACACGUUGAAUAAGUGCGCCUCAAUGAAACUCGAUGUGAACUUCCAAAGGAAAAAGAGUGAAGACUCUGAUGAAGAAGACCUUUGUGCCAUUAGUAACAAAUGGACUUUCCAAAGGACCAGCCGAAGAUGGUCUCGGGUAGAAGACAUUGACACCUUAAUUCAUCAGUCAGGCAAGCAUGGCUCUUCAGGGGACACUAAAAUGAAGAUCACCACCAGCAGUGAGAGUGUGCUUACUGAUCUGAGUGAACCUGAGGUAUCGUCUAUUCACAGUGAGAGCAGUGGUGGAAGUGACCAUCGGAGUCAAUCUGUAGUCAGUAGCUUUCUCAGGGAGACACUGGAUGGAUCAGGACAAUACUGUGUAGAAAAUGCUCACGACUCUUGCUCAGUUGGCAAUACUCCUUCCCAGCUUCCAGAAGACUCUUCAAACCUCAGGAAUGGGAAACCAAUGCGAACCAAAGCUAAAACUUUUCUAAAGCGUAUGGAGACACUUAAAAACAAGAGUGCCCAUGGAAAAUUAAAAGGCACCGGGAGGACUAGUGGCUUAGUAAUAAGUAGACCUAUUCUUCAACAUGAGCCAAAAGCUCGAAUGGAUUUGCAAUGUUUGCAGAUAAGGGAUGGAGACCUCCAAAAUGUAGGGACUCAAGACACAGCCAAACAAGGAUCUCCUUGCUCUGCUAAAUCUAGCAGUGAGAGCAGCCAAUCAGAAAUGAGCAGUAGCGGCAUAAGCACUCCUUCCUUAAAGGAACGCAAGUAUCAUGAAGCAAAUAAACGAGGUGGGAUGUACCUAGAGGAUCUGGAUGUUCUUACAGGAGCAGCACUCAGGCAAGUGAUGGAUCAAAAUCAUAGAAAUGAAUUUCAUUCCCAAGAGAACUUAGUGGUUCAUAUUCCUAAAGAUCACAAACCCGGAACGUUUCCUAAGGCACUUUCAAUUGAAAGCCUAUCUCCUACAGACAAUGGUGUAACCUGGAGGACAGGUGGCAUUUCAUUAAACAACAAGACAGGUUCAACACCCAAAGAGGCCAGUCCUCUUGCUUCCUGCCCAAAGGAGAGUCGGAUUAGCAUUUAUGACAAUGUUCCAGGUUCUCACUUGUAUGCCAGCACUGGAGACCUUCUAGACUUGGAACGAGAAAAUAUUUUUCCUCAUCUGGAUGACAUUUUGCAGCAGGUCAAUGGACUUCAAGAAUCUGUAGAUGAUUGGUCGAAAAAUAUAUUACCAGAAUUGAAAAACAACGUUUUAUCAGUUGGUGAUUGUAGCUCUUCAUCAUUCCAGUCACCAGCUAAGAUUUCAUUAGAGUUUGAACAGAACUCUGUAAGUGAGGGCCGGACAACGCCUAGUGAUAUGGAUAGAGAUGGAACAUCUCUCAAUGAAUCAGAAGUUCCUGGUGUCAGGGACAGAAGAGACUCUGGUGUUGGAGCAUCCCUAACCAGGCCAAACAGGCGAUUACGUUGGCAUAGUUUCCAGAGGUCUCAUCAAAUGUGCCAUCCCAUAGGAUCACUCCAAAUCAGUAGUCAGUCAGCUGCUCAGUUAAAUCUACUACAAAAAUUUUCCCUGCUUCGUCUUACUGCCAUCAUGGAAAAGUAUUCCAUGUCAAACAAGCAUGGCUGGACAUGGGCUGUACCAAAGUUCAUGAAGAGGAUGAAAGUUCCAGAUUACAAGGAUAAGAACAUCUUUGGUGUGCCUUUAAUAAUCCAUGUGCAAAGAACAGGGCAACCUCUGCCACAGGGCAUACAGCAAGCACUGCGAUAUUUACGGAACAAUUGCCUGGAUCAGGUGGGUCUUUUCCGGAAGUCGGGUGUCAAAUCUCGAAUACAAGCCCUUCGUCAAAUGAACGAAAGCAACCCUGAAAAUGUCAGCUAUGAUGACCAGUCGGCAUAUGAUGUGGCUGACAUGGUGAAGCAGUUUUUCAGAGACCUCCCUGAGCCUCUUCUUACUAGCAAGCUAGGAGAAACUUUCCUCCACAUCUAUCAAUAUGUUCCCAAAGAGCAGCGUCUUCAGGCAGUUCAGGCUGCCAUAAUGCUGAUGUCAGAUGAAAACAGGGAGGUUUUACAGACUCUGCUGUGUUUCCUGAAUGAUGUCACUUCUGUAGAAGAGAAUCAAAUGACUCCCAUGAACAUAGCUGUGUGCUUGGCCCCAUCUCUGUUUCAUCUCAACAUAAUAAAGAAAGACAGCUCCCCACGAGUCAUACAGAAGAAAUACGCAACAGGGAAGCCAGAUCAGAAAGAUCUCAGUGAAAACCUGGCAGCUACUCAGGGACUUGCACACAUGAUAACGGAAUAUGGUAAACUUUUUGAGAUCCCGCAUGAGAUGGUAACCCAGUCCCGUAACUCCUAUGUCGAGGCUGAAGUACAUCCCCCCACUCUGCAGGAACUGGGCAAACAAAUGGACGAAGAAGGUGGAAGUUUCCAGACCUAUCUGGAAGGGCUUAUACUGAACCUCUGUAAAGAAGCCAAAGACAAAUUCAAAGGAUGGGUCACAUGUUCCAGCAUUGAAAAUACAGAUCUCUCCUACAGAAAGGUCGGAGAUGGGAAUCCUCUAAGGCUAUGGAAGGCUUCUGUGGAAGUCGAAGCUCCUCCUUCUGUUGUCUUGAACCGUGUGCUAAGAGAACGGCACCUUUGGGAUGAGGAUUUCUUGCAGUGGAAAGUCAUUGAAACGUUGGAUAAGCAGACUGAGAUCUAUCAAUAUGUUUUGAACAGUAUGGCUCCACAUCCUUCCAGAGACUUUUUAGUCCUCAGGACCUGGAGAACAGACUUACCAAAGGGAAUGUGCAUCUUAGUGGCCAUCUCAAUUGAACAUGAAGAAGGUCCUCUGAUGGGAGGUGUGCGAGCAGUUGUUAUGGAUUCCCAGUAUCUAAUAGAGCCUUGUGGGUCUGGAAAAUCUCGUCUGACACAUAUCUGCAGGGUUGAUUUCAAGGGUCAUUCAUUAGAAUGGUACAAUAAAGGUUUUGGACACCUGUGUGCAGCUGAAGUUGCCAAUAUCAGAAAUUCAUUUCAACCCCUGAUUGCUGAAGGACCAGAAACAAAAAUCUGAGUGAUGGAGACUCUGCAUGUAUGGAGUUCCAUGCAUGCACAGGAGCCACUGGAUUUUCAGCCUACUUUUGCGCAAGUCAUGCCUUUUUGGAAGGCUUUGCCAUUACCUGGAAAUGUCACUCAUCCCCAUUUCUCACUUCAGUUGAUUUCCUUAACUUAAGAACAGUUUCUUCAGGCUUUGAAAACAGACUACUGCCAUUUUUGAUAUUGCUUAAUUCAAAUAUUUGAAAGCUUCUGAGAAGCUUAUUUUAAAAUGUACAUAAGAAAUGUAGAAAUGUAAAUAUUGUAUAUGUUCUGCUUUGUACAUAAUCUAAUUAUAUAUGUAUAUAUAUUAUUAAGUUUUAUAUAUAAGCUGGUGCUUUCUGGAAGAAAUGCUCUACAUCUGUUUGGAAUUUAUUUUCACACUGUUGGAUCUCAGUUAUCUCCCAAGUUUUGUUAGAAUAUGCAACAAACUAAAUGCUUAAGUUAUCCCCCUGUAGCACUAUUUCUAAGAAGAAGCAUGGAGAUGGGCAUAGCAAGAUAAGAAGACUUUGUUAAGAGAAGGGAAUAGUGCAUUGUCAAAAGUCAUGAACAACAGAAUAUUAGGAUAAAUCCCAAUAACAUUAUUGUAGGGUGCUUAAACCACAAUCUUUUGAUUUGACCUGUAGCUAGUCUAGCUACAAUAGCGCUCUCCAAAAAGCCAGUUGUUGUUAACUGUUAUCAAGCUGACUUUAACUUAUGGUUGAGAGAUCUUCAGACUAUCCUAUCCUCAAUACCCCUGCUCAGGUCCUGCAGACUCAGUGCCGUGGCUUCCUUAGAUAUGUGUAUCUCUUUUUGCAGAGGGCACAGGAGCAAGCUCUUUACACUUCAUCCAAAACCUACCUUCUGGCUAGUGUUAAACCCCAGCAGUGGUCAUUCAAAUGCAGUUGAUCAGGGCUCUAGGGAGAAGAGCACACAGUCAUUUCUUCCCGCUUCCAAGGUGAGACUGGCUGCUCCAUUAUCUGCUUCUCCCUCCCUGUCGGUGGUCACCAGCAGCAAUUUUGAGGACUUGACAGCCAUUGGAGUAGGUGUGCUGGGACACAAAACUGCAUCAUUGGACUGUUUUCCUUUGUCUGCUCAAUUUAGGAUUUCAGCCAGUGCUUUGUGUAGGAGGGAGAACAUUUAGAUUCCAUCUUGCAGCCAAUGAUAUAGAGUGAAAUGGGAUCCAAAAUGCACAUAGCAAUAACUAAGCUUUUUAGGGAAGCUCAUGCAGAUAAAGCACAAACAUCUGGUCCAUCCGUUUCAAAUAUAUUAGAGGUGGGCAAAACAUGAUUUACAUUCCAUAUGGGCCAUAUGAUAUAGCCAUUUCGGUGUCUCUCAUCAUCCCUGAGAGAUGACCACCUCGCCAGAAUUCACAUGGCAAACAUCUUUCUAAUUUUCCUUUCCAGAAGUGAAAGACACACUCUGCUGGGUUCAAUGGUACAGUCAAGGAGCUCUGGUGCUUCCUGCACCAUGGAGAAACACUACAGCUGCCACCAGAUGUCAGGAACACCUGUGCCAAUAGCAAAAACCUCACUGGCUUCCACAAAACUGCAAUGGCCAUGGGGUCCUGGUGCGUUGCAAAAAGAUGUCCCUAGCCCACAUCUGGUUUAACUGAAUAGUUGUGCCAACAUUCUAAUAAACAUGUUGCAUUUAAGGCCUACAGAAAAACAUAUCUAGCAAUUGCUAAUAAAGCAUUACUUCCAGCAA